CGCCUGUAGGCACCGCCUAUUUCUCUCAGCAAGAAGCCCGUGAACUCUCGAUCGCGUUCGGAGACGCGGUGGCAGAAACCGGCGGGCGCUAUGGCCACCGUGAAGGAGAAGGCGGCAGCUUUGAAUCUCUGUGCGGUGUAUAGUCCGGCUAACAAACCUCCAGGUAACGGCUUCAGCUUGGCACAGAGACCAUUUGGAGCCACUUAUGUCUGGAGUAGCAUAAUCAAUGCACUUCAGACCCAAGUUGAAGUGAAAAAGCGACGCCAGAACCUGAAAUCCUAUAAUGACUGCUUUAUUGGCUCUGAUGCUGUAGACGUUGUCUAUGCCCAUCUUCUCCAGAACAAAUACUUCGGCGAUGUGGAUAUUUCCCGGACUAAAGUUGUGAGAGUGUGUCAGGCAUUGAUGGACUACAAAGUGUUUGAAGCAGUUUCUACCAGAGUCUUUGGAAAAGACAAACAGCCUGUGUUUGAAGAUAGCAGCUGCAGCCUCUACAGAUUCCCAAAUGCAUGUAAGGAAGCAGAUAGCCCCUUUGGGAAAGCGUAUGGCCAAUCUGUGCCACAAAGACAGGAGAAAAGAGCAUUACUUAGCACACCACAAGUGAAAUCGGAAAGCUUGGAGAAUCUCUUGGAAAACUUGAGUCUAAAGCCUGUUAAUUCCCCUUCUUCAAAUUUGUCUCGCCAAGUUAUUAAUGAAGUCUGGAGAGAGCAAACAAUUACCCGCCUCCUGCAGCUUAUAGAUCUUCCACUUCUUGACCCUUUACUUGAGUACCAAAAGGCAGGAUCUAAAUUUCCAGAAAGCAAACUAGUGUCUGAAUGUAACAUCGCCAGCAACUACCUGGACCGAGAGAUUUUGAAAGCCUUUGGUGACUCUCAGACAGAUGAAUGGCUGUCGGCAGCAAUAGACUGUUUGGAGUAUCUCCCAGAUCCAAUGGUUGUUGAUGUGAGCCGUACCUUGCCUGAUCGGCCUGACAAAGUACAUGUUGGGAAACUACUGCUGUUUGAUACCAUUGGUAGAUACUAUAGCCAAAAGAAAGAGCCACUCUUAAAUCAUGCACCUGAAAUCCACCUGGGCAUUGCAGAGCUGCUAGUCAAUGGGAAAACUCAUAAAGCUUUGGAAGCAGUUCAGCUCUACUUGAAGCUACUGGAAAGCCCGACAAGAGAGGAGUUCAGGAGGCUACUGUACUUCAUGGCUGUUAUAGCUCAGAAUUCUGAGCUUAAGCUGCAAACAGAGAGCGACAAUCGGAUGGUUGUGAAGAGAACUUUCUCUAAAGCUAUAGUCAACAAUAAAACUUUAUCUAAAGGAAAAACUGACCUUCUAAUUUUGUUUUUGGUGGACUAUCAAAAAGAUGUCUUAAAACUAUUGCUUCUUUUCUUCAAGAUCCCAGGGACAUUGCAUAAAAUGGUUAGUGACAAGCUUGUAGCUAUACAGCAAGGGAGAGAUUCCAACCAGAAUACAGGAUAUACUUUCUGCCAGCAACUUGACAAAAAUGAGUAUCACUGCAGUGCAAAGAAGACUACAAAAGAAGAACUUUUAUCUUUACUAAAAACAAUUGAUGAGGAUUCCCAUCUCUCUGCCAGAGAACGAAAGAGGUUGCUAGAUCAAUUCUAUACUAGUAAUCCAGCUAUCUUUUUGCAGUAUUUUCAUGACAGAGAUACUGAAAGGGCUGUAGAACUUUAGACAUAGUAGGCAUGAUACAUACUAACAGUUUUUAGAAAUUCUCAUUUUGUAUCUUUUUAGUUUUUUAAUUUAAAAUUAAAUUAAAUCUGUUUUGUAAAUAUCGAUGGUUUCCCCCUGUUGUAAUAACAUUAUUUAAAAAUAAUUAAAAUUGCUGAUUAAAUAUCUUAUUGUUCAGAGGUAUUCUCAAUUCUUUCUUUUUUAAACUGGGCUGGGGAGGGAAGUCUAGGUCCAGUGAGUACAAGUUUUGUUAUUAGGUCUAUUCAAAAACUAAUGUAAACUUUAUGAACUUUACAAAUGAACUUUCAUUGAUGGAAAUAAUUUUUUCCUCUCCUGAUAAUCUAAUCUGUUCUUGCUACCACUGUCUGGAUGAUUAAAACUAACUUGAUUUCUCAUAAGACAA